GUCACCACGUACUCGUGGUCACCAGCGCGGGGAGUGAGACGCCACCUUCCCUACGCUAUGUUUUGUGUGCAGUGCUCGCUCAGAUGCAGGCGGGCAACCCGUCGGAGGAAUAGGAUCGUAAAUAGAAACACUUCAGAGAACAGGUGGUCUAAUAAACGUUAACGUUUAGACGGUACGAGGAGACGAUGAAGAUCAUUGCUGUUUGCUUGUUUGGAAUAAAAUCAUUUUGACUCCAAAGAAAAUUAAUGAUUCGAGCACCUGGAAAGUAGCGUAGCGAGGAAAAGGCUACAAGUCAACGGAGGCACAUCGGGAACUAAUAUGAAAGUGACAGUGUGUUUUGGAAGGACCAGAGUGGUCGUUCCUUGUGGCAAUGGAAAUAUUAAAGUUCACAGUCUUAUCGAACAAGCCGCCAUGAGAUAUAAAAAAGCUAUUGCGAAGGACCCUGGCUACUGGCUUCGGGUUCAGAGGCUGGAGCAUGGGGACGGGGGUAUACUGGACCUGGACGACAGGCUGUGUGACGUGGCGGAUGACAAAGACCGGCUGGUGGCGGUGUUUGAGGAGCAGGAUCCUCACCACGGUGGUGACGGCACCAGUGCCAGCUCUACGGGCACCCAGAGCCCCGACCCCUUCGCUGUCCCCAUCAUAGAACUCAACAGUGGCAACGUGUCCGCCUUCCAGCCUUACCAGGCGCCCGGCGAAAUAGAAGUCACUCCCACCGCCCUGCGAACCAACAUGCCUCUACAUGUCCGGCGCAGUAGUGACCCCUCUCUGGCAGGCCUUCCCCUGGCUGACCCCCAGGCAGCUCCAGAUGAACCUUCCCGUAAGAACCCCACCCGCUGGUCCACCACAGCCGGUUUCCGCCAGCACAACCACCAACACAGCCACAGCAACAACCACAACACUGGGACCAACAGCCUGGAACGCAAGGGUAAAGCAGUGGACCCAUAUCGGAGUCUUCCUCGUGAUACAGCAGCCUGGGCUACCCAGUUCCAGAGAGAGGCGGCCCGCUCCUCCCUCAGUGCCAACCACCCCAUGGUAGACCGCUGGCUGGACAGACAGGAACAGGAAGAGGAGGAGGAGGAUGAGGCGGAGCGAGUGAAGGAAGAAGAGAGGAAUGGCCGUAUCGAGCCAGUGGGGAGAGCAGACUCCUGUGUUGAACACUCCCCUGUGCUAUAUCUGGAUGACAUGCUCAAGCCGGUAGAGGUGUCCAAUGUCGGCGGGCCUCUGGGGAUCCACGUUGUGCCUUUCAGUGCCUUGGACAGAAGGACCCUAGGGUUAUUAGUGAAACGCCUGGAGAGCGGCGGCAAAGCUGAGCAGGAGGGUUUGUUCCAGGAGAACGACUGUAUCGUCCGGAUUAACAACAGUGAUCUGAGGAACAUCCGGUUUGAACAGGCCCAGGACAUGUUCAGACAAGCCAUGCGUUCUCCUUUCAUUCUGUUCCACGUCGUCCCAGCCUCUAUGAAGAGCCAGUAUGAGCAGCUAUCCCAGGGGGAGCUCAGCCCUUCGUCUUCCACAGGGGGGAGGGGGAGCAGGGGGAGCUUCAGCCCCAGCCAUGCCUCAGACCUCCAGGGCCAGCAGCCCUCGGCCAGGGGUAGCCUGGCGGCGCAGGGGGCGACUGGCCAGAGGACCUCCUCUCGGUCAGGAACGAACCCUAUUCCCGUACCCGACGUCAGCCGCCUGAACCACGUUCCGCCACAGCUGGUACCUGACCACCGCCACUCCGCGUCGCUACCCCAUGGCGGGGGUCCGACGGCAGGCAACCACCUGUCCUCGGCCACGUCUCCAUCCCUGCAGAGGAGAGUCAGCGCCAACACUACCGCAGGCUUUCUCAAGAAGACCGGCCGGAGACUGAACAUCGUGCUGCAGAAAGGUCCAGAAGGUCUUGGCUUCAGCAUCACGUCACGUGAUGUCCCCAUUGGAGGCUCCGCCCCUAUCCAUGUCAAGAACAUCCUGCCUCGGGGUGCCGCUAUCCAAGAUGGCCGUCUGAAGGCUGGGGACCGGCUGCAGGAGGUCAACGGAAACGAUCUGAACGGGAAGACUCAGGAGGAGGUGGUUGGCCUCCUCAGGGCCACACCCAUGGGAGGGACCGUCACCCUGCUGGUCCUACGGCAAGAGGACUCUCAUCUUCCCAGAGAAGUGAAGUCCGAAGAAGAUGACCUGGUGUUGACUCCGGACGGCACCAGGGAGUUCCUGACCUUUGAAAUCCCCCUGAGUGACUCUGGGUCAGCUGGCUUGGGGGUCAGUGUGAAGGGCAACCGCUCCAAGGAGAACCACGCCGACCUUGGCAUCUUUGUCAAAUCCAUCAUCAAUGGAGGGGCUGCCUGCAAGGACGGCCGACUGAGGGUUAACGAUCAGCUGAUUGCUGUCAACGGCGAGUCGUUGCUAGAGACGCCCAACCAAGACGCCAUGGAAACACUGCGGCUGUCCAUGUCGACGGAAGGCAAUAAGCGGGGGAUGAUCCAACUGAUUGUCGCCAGGAGUGUUGCCAAGAGCAACGAGGAGGCCCCCGGGAGCCCCCCGGUACAGAAGCAGCCACUGACCGGCCCCCUGGAUAACCACGAGCGCCGCGUCUCCCAGUCCACGUACCAGGCCACGGAUGGUCUGGACAGUCCGCCUCCGAUGCCGCCGCACAACUCCAUGAUGGGACCUCGCAUGAUGGGUAAAUACCAGCUAUCGCCCACUGUCAACAUGCCCCAGGAUGACACGGUGAUGAUCGAAGACGAUAGGCCGCCCGUGCUCCCCACCCACCUGUCGGACCAGUCGUCGUCCAGCUCCCACGACGACGCGGAGAACCCGGGGACCUGGACCCAGGACGUGCCGAAAGAGAACGAAUGCUCUCUCAGUCCAGACACUGAGGAUCCAGAAGACUCGUUCCAGAGGGAGGGGUUUGGACGGCAGAGCAUGUCGGAGAAACGCACCAAACAGUAUGGUGACAGUGCCAAUCAGCUGGAGAUUAUCAAGACGCGCAAGUCAAAGAGCAUGGACCUGGUAGCAGACGAGGUUAACCCCCAGCUCACCACCAGCACAGAGAACACAGAAGUAGGACCCUCUCUGGGUCUCAAAAAAUCCAGCUCCCUUGAAAGCCUCCAAACUGCUGUUGCAGAGGUAACACUCAGCGGAGAAAUGAACCUCCACCGGCCACGCCCAAGAAUCAUCCGGGGGCGGGGCUGCAACGAGAGCUUCAGGGCAGCCAUCGACAAAUCAUACAACAACCCGGGAGGGAUUGUUACUACUCACCAUGAAGAUAACCUGAAUGAAAUGGAGACAUUGGAGGAGGACACAGAGGUGAGUUUGCGAUCUGGUCGCGACUCUAUAUCCUCCGCCACCGACCUGAACCUGCCUCCUGGCAACGGCUUAAGCAUGGAGAAGCAAGUGAACGGCAACGCCGCUAAGGAUGAAAAAAAGAGGGAGAAGAGUGUGAGGGACAAGAAAAAGCCUGAGAGAGAUAAAGAGAAGGAGAAAAACAAAGCCAAGAAAGGGUUGCUGCUGAAGGGCCUGGGAGAUAUGUUCAGGUUUGGGAAGCAACGCAACGGUGAAAAGAUGGAGCGAAAAGGCUCAAGUAAAUCAAAGAUGGAAGACACACAGGUGUCGGAGGAGGAGAUGCUACGGAUGAAACUGGAGCAGGAAAGGAUCCAGGCAAAGACGAGGGAGUUCAGAGAACGCCAAGCUUCGGUGGCGAAGGAGAGGGAGUAUGCCGAGAUCCAGGACAUCAACCCCGACUUCAACCGCACCCUGAGCUCCGCUGAGGAAGACGAACACCCUUAUGCAGGCAUCGGCUCUCUGGACGGGUCAUCCAUCGACAGUAGUCAGGGGACCCAGCAACGUGCCCAGUCCCCCAGGGACAGCGGUCCAGGCCAACCCGACCUGGAGGCCCUCUACGCCCAAGUCAACAAACCCCGCAACGGACGCGCUCCCGCAGAUGACAGCAACCAACUGGCGCCUAGCAACCAUGACCGGAUACGGCGUCUGAGGGUUGAGUUCCAGCAGGCCAGAGGAGAGGAGGAUCCUGAUGACCGGCGGCGCACCUACAGCUUCGAACAGCCCUGGACAAACAUGGGGACAUACACCCCAUCCGGACGACACUCUGUGUCUGUGGAGUCAGAGGCUCAGAGACCAAGACACGGCGAGAGACGGGACUCAUUCACACAGGCCCAAAGACAAUACAGCUCUCUCCCACGGCAACCUCGCAAGACCCUCAGCGCGGUGGCACAGGAGUCGUGGGACAAAGCCUACCCGCUGGGGGAGGGCUUCCAGACGGCCAAGGAGAACCCACGCUACUCCAGCUACCAGGGUUCCAGGAACGGCUACCUGCACGGCGGGGCCAGCGGUUUCAACGCCCGCGUGAUGAUGGAGACCCAGGAGCUGCUCAGGCAGGAGCAGAGACGCAGGGAGCAGUCUGAGGCUAAGAUUAAGCUGCCGCCGCCACAGGAGGCGGGCUACGAGGACUUCCACCCGGCCCUGCCCCAGGCUCCUGUCCCAGACCCUCCCCAGCCCCCAGCCCCAACCAAGGGCCCGUAUCGCCAGGAUGUCCCCCCCUCUCCAUCUCAGCUGCCUAGGCUCAACCGGCUGCCGGGCUCAGAGAAAGGACGGCCAUUUUACUCCUGAGUGGGAAAGAGGAACCCGGGGGAACUGAUGAUGAUGAUCAAAAGCAAUAAUAUUCAUUUCGAUUGAUUUCAUUUUGUACAUUGGUGUUUUCACGAACGACUUUUGCGGUCAGAACCCUGUUCGUCCCAAUCACCACUUGGUCUGUGUCUGUGUCUGCCGUGGAGAUUGUCCCACUAAGUGCCAGGUGGUUGGUGUCCUACCUAAAGAGCCGUGUCCUCACUGGGACUUGCGUGUAUUUGGACCCUGUUCCUACACUGUUGCCAUGUACAAAACAUUCUGACAAUCAGUAUUUCUACACACAUAUCAGGUGCAGCCUUUGACUCAAGACGUCAAGUGGAAUCCCCAAGUAUUUUGUUGUCUGUGUUUUGCCUGAACAGUGGUUUCUGGGUGUGUGUUUCUGUAGGGAUCUGUGCACUGUCAUCAGCACUUGCUGUGAAUAGCACAGGGUUAACCAUGUCUGAACUCUGAGGAAAGGGCAGAGCUGGGCAAGACAAUACAGUCACUAGCUACACUGCAGAGGAAAUCCCCCUGGCCUCUGACACUACUUAUUUAAACUCAUGCUCUCUCUAUCUCUCUCUCUCUGUAAACCCUGUCUUCCUUACUCUCCCCCUCUCUCCAUCUUUUGCCUUCUCGUUCUUUCACUUUCUUCUUCCACAUACAUCCUGUCUCCCUCGAUCUCCUUCUCUCGUGUCCUCCCCCUCCACCUCUUCAGCCUCCUCUCCCCCUCUCUGUUCCCAGAGAUACAGCGUUAGAUCUCUUUUCACUGAACUCCUGUCGUCUGGGGGAUUAAUCAGUAUAAAUGGGGUCAUGGUUGGGUUAUUAAUUAAUCUUGCUCAUCAAACAUGGAUCUGUGUGUUGUCUCGGCGGAGACAGAGGUUGGUGGGUGUGGGAGGGAGGGGUGAGAGAGUUACUGUGUGUAUGCGUUUAUUUCCCCCUGACUCGACCUUGGCCUUGCCUGAGGGACACGAACCAGCUUGUCCUGACCUGACUGAGUGCAGCUCUACAAUACAUUUUACAUCAAGCUGGUUUCCAGGAAAUCCUACAGCAUCACUGCAUGUCAAUUCUGAGGCCAUUCACUACCGUCUCUGUUUCGGUUUAAUUUUUCCUUCUACUUUUUCACUACCCAGAUUUCUCCAGACUGCUGCCUCUGUGCAUCUGGGUGUGUAGGGGCACUUGUGUGCGUGCGUGCGUGCGUGCUGUGUAUAUACACAUCAUAAGUAUGGGCACUUGUGUGGGUACAUGUUUGUAAGAGCACUUGAGCGUUUGUUAUAUUUUUUCCGUGCCAGUAACAGUGCCAGUAAUGUGAUAUCUCCCAUGUCUUCUAUAACUUGGCAAAAGUUGAAAUACUUCAGGUGAAUAAAACAGCAUUAGUAGAGAUGUGGGAGUGACUGGGAUAAAGAUGGGAGUCUAAUGGUAGAUUGGCCCUAAUAGUAAUUUAUUAAAUUACUUGCUCAGAAGUAUUCCACUGAGCCGCUAGAACAGAACAGGGCAGAAAAUGGCACAUGGGCAUUCCUACACAUGGGCACUUCUCUGAUAUUUACACUUCCUCCCAGUAUUAUAACGCUGUAAUUAAAUCCCUCCCUUUUACUUUCUCUUCCUCGGUCACUCUCUCUCACUUUGUCUCUCUCUCGCUUUCUCCAAAUAGACUAUGAACAUGCUUUUUAAGAGGAAAUUCCUUCCUUUCCAAACCAUGUAAACAUCUGACUCCACUUUCUUGAUGAUUCCACAGCGUUCCACGCUUUGAACUUGAGGUGGGUCCAAUGGCCGCAAUAUUCACCAAUCUUGUUGUUUUGUAAUAUUAUGUCAUGCAAAUUUUAUUUUAUACAAUUAAGAUCCUUGUUUCUGUCAUCAGUUAUAGUGACAUCCUUGAUUGCAUUGUUUUUCCUUUGCCAUAAAGCUAUUGUUUUAAUCAUGAGAGAAAUAAAAAUCCUGCACAAUGUAUUUUUUAUGACUGUUCCUCCUCAUCUUUUAUAACUGGUAAUUAGGUACUAUAUGGUGAUUUUCCCACUGACUAAUGGAAUAAAAAAUGUGCAAUUGUU